ACUCGGGCGUACUGUACUGUAGCCUCCGCUUGUUUCUUUGAAAGAGGAAACGCGCCGCGCUCAUUCCUCACUGGCAUGUCUGAGAGGACAGAGCUCCAAAUAUUGACUUAUUUGCCCUGCAGUUCACUCAAAAAUGUAGACAGCCGUUCAGUUUUUUCCCACUCACCAAACCAUUUCGCUAUUUCACCACUGUUUCACUGAAGAGCCCGAAGGUACGCCAAGCUCUCCUCGAAUAGGCUACUACACCUGUCCCAGCAGCAUCUGAGUGAGAUUCAGCACUAUUUUCGAGUGGACAAAACUUUCUCCAGGUCAAGGCAUGUUUGGAAGCAAGAUGGCAGAAUCCCGCGAAUAUCUGACCCGCUAGAACGUCCUGGUCGGGUCAAGUCCUUACCACCAUUACCUGCUCAGACUCUUCUAAAGACAUCAGAUAUAUUUGCAAUGAUAGAGCGAAUGCAGAGCAGUAGAAUGGAUGAGCAGCGGUGCUCUCUUCCACCUCCUCUCAAAACAGAGGAAGACUACAUUCCAUAUCCCAGCGUCCAUGAGGUAUUGGGGCGCACAGGCACUUUACCCCUGAUCCUGCUGCCUCAGUUUGGGGGUUACUGGAUUGAAGGAACCAAUCAUGAUUUAGGCUCCUCCUCCACACCUGAGGAACCGCCCCCUUGUCCUGCAUCACAGGUUAAACUGGAGACCAACAGCAUAGCCAAGAUCUACAGGAAAGACUUUCUGGGGAAGGAGCACUUUAAUUAUUACUCAGUGGACAGUGCUCUGGGACACCUGAUCUUUUCCAUGAAGUAUGAUGUGAUUGGAGACCAGGAGCACCUUCGACUGCUGCUCAGGUCAAGGUUUAAAACUUACCACGAUGUGAUACCAAUUUCUUGUCUGACUGAGUUCCCUAACGUCAUCCAGAUGGCAAAGCUUGUCUGUGAAGAGGUGAAUGUGGACAGAUUUUAUCCUGUCUUAUAUCCAAAGGCUUCGAGACUCAUCGUGACCUUCGAUGAGCACGUCAUCAGCAACAACUUCAAGUUUGGAGUUAUUUACCAGAAGUUUGCCCAGACAUCAGAAGAGGAGCUGUUCGGAAAUAACGAGGAAAGUCCAGCUUUUGUUGAGUUUCUGGAGUUCCUGGGAGAGAAGAUUGAUCUUCAUGAUUUUAAAGGUUUUCGUGGUGGCCUGGAUGUGACACAUGGCCAGACAGGAACCGAGUCGGUGUAUGUUAACUUUCACAAUAAAGAGAUCAUGUUCCACGUGUCCACCAAACUGCCCUACACUGAAGGAGAUUCACAGCAGCUCCAGAGGAAGAGGCAUAUAGGAAAUGACAUUGUGGCCAUUGUGUUUCAAGAAGAAAACACACCGUUUGUACCUGAUAUGAUUGCAUCCAACUUUCUUCAUGCUUAUGUGGUGGUGCAGGUGGAGAACGCCUGCACUGAUAACGUCCUCUAUAAGGUGUCUGUAACAGCAAGAGACGAUGUGCCUUUUUUUGGUCCAGCUCUGCCAGAUCCAGCUGUCUUUAAAAAGAGUUCAGAAUUUCAUGAAUUCCUCUUGACCAAACUGAUCAAUGCUGAAUAUUCCUGUUAUAAAGCAGAGAAGUUUGCCAAGCUUGAGGAAAGAACGCGUUCGGCUCUGCUGGAGACUUUAUAUGAGGAGCUGCAUAUGAACAGCCAGUCCAUGAUGGGUUUAGGUGGAGACGACGACAAGCUGGAGAAUGGAGGAGGAGGAGGAGGAGGAGGAUUCUUCGAGUCUUUCAAGCGAGUAAUCCGCAACAGAAGUCAGUCUAUGGAUGCUAUGGGCCUCAGUAACAAGAAACCACACACUGUCUCCACAAGCCACAGUGGAAGCUUUACCCACAAUCCUCCAGAAACCCCCAAAACACCUGGCAUUUCCCUGAUUAUUCCUGGAAAAAGUCCAACACGUAAGAAAUCCGGUCCGUUCAGUUCCAGGAGGAGCAGCGCCAUUGGGAUUGAGAACAUACAAGAGGUUCAGGAGAGAAGUAGUCGAGAGGUGUCCCCGAGUCCACAGAGGUCAUCUGAUGGUGGACACAUCGCUCAGGAAUUUCGGCUAGACAACUCGUCCAAUCAGAGCUCACCUGAGAUGGCAACCACUAAGAUCGGUUCGGCCCUGUGCUGUCGAGCUCCAUCUAUCCCCGAGUCUCAGGAUUUGUCUCGCUCCUCGUCCAACGCCAGCAGCUUUACCAGUGUAGUGGAGGAUCAUGAAGCGACAGAGGACUACGACACAGGACUGGAGAGUCUGUCUUCAGCCGGUACACCUCACAAACGAGAUUCAUUUCCAUACAGCUCUGUGUGGUUGGAGGACGCUUCUGCUAGCUCCAGUCAGAGCAGUCCACAUGCAGGUCCCUUUCGACAGCAGUCUGAACCUCUACGUCCAAAAACAGAGAGACAACACUCGAACUGCUAGCUGUCCUGUAGGCCGUAAAUGACUUCAUGGAUGUCCAUCAGCAGCAUUUUCAUAAGCAGCCUCCGCAGCGGACACUGUUCGUGCUCACAGCAGAAACGGAUGUGAAGGAGAUGGAGGCGCUAGCUUCAGUCCUGCGGAGAACAGAAUAUGAGCGGGACAACAACCACUUAAUCUUCUGUCAUCAAGAGAAACGGCAAACCUGCCUGGCCAGAGCUAAGGAACAAGAGCUGGCAGCUGGGAAACAACCACGCAUGAUCUUAAGGCCUAUUCUGAGCCAUCUUUCUUUCGUUCUCAUAAUGGUGGCCCUCGUUGUGUGGGUCUUUCUUUGUCAUAUUUAUUUAUUUAUUGAGGCUCACUGGUGGAGCAGGGCUUUCAGAAUGACACCCGAGGUUCAACCUUAAACAAUCAUGCUUAAAAUACACCGUAAUGCACAUCUUUGUGUGUGAUUCUGAUUCGUUUUGUGUCAGUAAUGGUGUUGAAUUUCGGUAAAUGUUAAAUGUCGUUCUUCGGUGUAGUUCUGAUGUUACAAAUCCAGGCCUUUUUUAGAUCACGUCUCGUAAACUAAACACAGGCAUUAUUAUCAUUUAUGACAAAACGUAUCGAUCCGGUGUGAGAUGCUGUAUACUUUUGAAAUAUUAUUUAUUACCUUUAAUGCCGAUCGACAUAUUUUGUAUGGCCACGGCUGCUCUUGGUUAAACUGACAUGUGUGUGUGUGUGUACACUAAUGUAGUCGCUUCAUGUUUGUAGUGUCAUGUUUUAAAACUAGAUAUUAAGGGUCAGAGUCUCUCAAGUCUGUUUUGCUUUUGUGGUGAGCGAGCAAUAUGAAUGUAAACCUGGACUAAAAACACUAGGUCAGAAUAUACUCCACAGAACAAA